AUGUCUUUCUUCCUUUCAUUUUUCUCUUUUUUUUUCGUAAUACCUUCUUUUCUUUAUUUCUUUUGUCUUUCAUUCUUUCUUUUCUUUCUUUCUUUUUUCCUUUCUCACCUUUACUUUUCUCUGAUUUCUAUUCUUUCUUUCUUUCUUACGUUCUUUCUUUUUUUCUUCCUUUCUUUCACUCUUUCUUUUUUGUUCUUUCUUUAUUUAUUUAUUUCGUUUUUCUUUCUUUCAUUCUUUCUUUCUUUCAGUCUUUCUUUCUUUCUUUCUUUGGUUCGUUCGUUCUUUCUUUCUUUCUUUCUUUCUUUCUUUCUUUUUUGUUCUUUAUUUAUUUAUUUAUUUCGUCCUUUCUUUCUUUCUUUUUUGUUCUUUAUUUAUUUCGUUUUUUCUUUCUUUCUUUUUUCUUUCUUUCUUUCGUUUUUUCUUUCUGUCAUUCUUUCUUUCUUUCUGUCUUUAUUUCUGUCUUUCUUUUUUUCUUUCUUUCUUUCUUUGGUUGGUUCGUUCUUUCUUUCUUUCGUCCUUUCUUUCUUUUUUGUUCUUUCUUUAUUUAUUUAUUUCGUCUUUUCUUUCUUUCUUUUUUGUUCUUUAUUUAUUUAUUUCGUUUUUUCUUUCUUUCUUUCUUUCUUUCUUUAUUUCUUUCUUUCUUUCUUUCUUUCUUUCUUUGGUCCGUUCGUUCUUUCUUUCUUUCUUUUCUUUCUUUUUUGUUCUUUAUUUAUUUAUUUCGUCCUUUCUUUCUUUCUUUUUUGUUCUUUAUUUAUCUAUUUUGUUUUUUCUUUCUUUCUUUUUUUUUUUCUUUCUGUCGUUCUUUCUUUCUUUCUUCCUUUCUUUCAUUCUUUCCUUUCUUUCAUUCUUUCUUUUUUGUUCUUUAUUUAUUUAUUUGUUUUGGGUUUUUUUGGGGGGGGGUUGUUUCUUUCUUUCUAA